AUGAGUCAUCAGCUACUUCUUCUGAUCCUCGGUACUUCAGUGGCUUGGGCAGAAAUGCAAAUGAACUUUCCAGGACCCCAGGAUCCAUGCCAUGCAGAUUAUGAUAAAUGCGUCAGGAAGGCAGCAAAAAAGCCAUGUGGAAAGGUUUCCUGUGAGAUCAGCGCUAUGAAGUGCGCCAGGAAAAAGUUGUCUGCACCACCAUCUAAAAUGAGUGAAGUUCCUAAAUUAUGGAAACAUGCAAAUAUUACUCCCAUUCACAAGGACGGAGACCGAGAGCCGGUAGAGCAUUACAGAGCGGAUGCAGUGGUCGCCGUUGGCUCCCGUCUACAACAGAAGUACAGCAGAAGUCUCCUUAAUGUUAAGGUGGAGAUUAUCACUCCUGGGAUCUUUGGAAAGUUUUCCAAUGAAUCAAAGUUGGCUGUAGACAGAUCAGUAGUAAAGCAUUUUAACGUGUCUAUGUUCGGCCGAGCUACCUUUGAGGAUCUCUCCCUGAAAGGAUACGAUAUUGUCGCAAAUGCCAUAGGUCCUCUUGGUAAGAACUUUGAGCUGACAUUUGUUGGCUCAUCUCCAGGUGAAUACCGAAAAGUUGAGCAGUGGUUUCUUGACAACACUGGAAUCAGCCGCAACCAACUAACCAUCCGUGGAUAUUGCAGUGAUACAGAGGAACUUAAGAUGAUGUUCUAUCAGUCAGACUUGGUUGCUCUACCUUCUCGUACCGAAGGCUUUGGGCUUGUCGCGCUCGAAGCCAUUUCUGCUGGUAUUCCUAUACUUGUUUCUGGUGAAUCUGGCAUAGCUGAGGCUCUGAGAGAAGUUGAAGGUGGGAACGCUGUUAUUGUUGAAUUAGAUGAAGAUGCAGAUGAAUGGGCACGAAGGAUUAGUGAGAUGGCUGAAGAAAGUUCAGAAGAAAGAGAAGCUAAAGCUAGACGGCUCAGAGAGAACUACAGAAAGGUGUACUCUUGGAGAGCAGAAUGUGAGAGGUUCAAAGGAACGAUUGAGAAAGUGGUGAAAAGUGCAAACGGUGGUGAAUUGAAUAUUAAGGUUGAUGUGAAAGACUUUGAACCUGAAGAACAGAAUACCGGUAUACAGACUGGUAUAUUGUUGACAACAGAGUCUGUCAGAGGCCAAGAAGUUCAGCAGCCAAGGACAUCUACUACAUCAGCUACAUUGGGAAGUGUGUGUUAUCCUCAGACAGAAUAUCUUCCGGCUCUCAAAGAGAAAAUCUUUCUAUCAAUUGUUGAAAAUUAUCUCCAGACUACACCGCCACAGUCCACUGAGGAGCACAAUAUGUUUAAGGAAUAUGCAAAAGAAAUGAGGUUCAUCAUUACAGGUACCUCUGUAGGAAGUUUAGUGAUUACGGUGAAGUGUGAAUCUCAAUUGAUCUUGGAGGGGCUGUGGAUAGAUUAUUUAUCUGGUCAUCUUGGUGAAGUGGUUCAAAACAGUUUUGUAACUGAAAAGAUCUUGAAGAAACUGAAUCUGGCCAUGCUGAAGCUGGAAACAACAAUGGACAUGGAAGAAUACAAUGCAUGCAAAGUGUAUUUUGAGAGAGUUGCACUCAGAGAUGUUUUGUCAGCUCAUUCAUACUUCAAAAGUACUGAAGAUGAAGCACAGUUAGAAAGAUGGAAACAGAAGACAGAGGUUGUGGAGUCAGAGAAAGUGAAAAGUAGUUUACCCAUUCUUGAAAUGUCCACCACUGGUCACAAUAACGAAGGAGAAGAACCACAAGAAACUAUGAAAGAUCAGAAACUAAAUAUCAAGGUUGACGUGGAACAUGUGAAACUUGCAGAUCAUGACACCUGCAGCACAGCUUCAGUUUCCACAAUGGAGCCCGCAGAAUGUCAGAAGGCAUCCAUAGCAUCAGGUGCACGCAGAAAAAGACGAUCUGAUACAGAUUUAGAAGAUGUCCAACCACUUGAAAAGAAAGUCCUGUGUUUAAUUGCUAUGAAUUACCUUCAUACUACACCACCAGAAAGCAGGGAUGAAGGCAUUGAGUUUCAGGAAUACUUGCUAGACAUGAAGGUCCACAUCACAUGUGUUUCUGUAGGAAGUUUAGUGAUAACAGUCAAGUGCAAUUCUCUCAAGAGCUUGGAGGAAUUAUGGGAAGGUUACUCCUGUGGCCUUUUGGGUAAGAUGGUGCGAGAUUGUUUUGAGACUGAAAAGAUCUUAAAGGAACUGAACCUGGCAGAGCUAAAGCUGAAAACAACAAUGGACAUAGAAGAGUACAAUGCAUGCAAAUUGUACUUUGAGAAGAAUGCACUUAGAGGUGUUUUAUCCUCUGAAUUCCACUCCAAAAGUUCAACCAGUGAAAGUUUACAAAAACAAGAAGAGCUGAAAAAAUGGAAACAGAAGACAAAGAUUGUUGAGACUGAGGAAAUGAAAGGUACUCCACCCCUCACUGUAAUAAACACCACUGGGAAAAGAAAAGAACCAGAAGAACCUACAGGAAAGAUAGGUACUUCACUCUCCGCCAAACUGUCCACUGCAGGUCACGGAAAAGAACGGGAAGGAAAAAUGAAAACUCUGAAACUUCAGGAAGAGAAAAGUGAGUGAAAAAGGACUCUGAAGCUAGUUGGUCAGAAUCAGUUAAAUGAAACUGUAAUUUUUAUCAGGCAAGAAUGCUCUUCAGAAAGUAAAAAGAUUGAAUUUACUAAUAAAAUGAGAUUUGGGAACAAAGGGGUUAAUUUGUUACAACGAUGUAGGUUUCCUAUGUUUUUUUAUAGGAUUUUAGACUCUAAAGUUUUAGCACUUAACAAACCCACAAGCGUUUCAUCUGAAAAUUUUUGCUGUUUUAACAAAGCCUAAGUAUCCAUCUGUCUUGAUAUUCACAUAUGUAGAAAAGUAAGUGAAUGCUAAUCUUUUUUUUUUUUUUCAGUGAAUGCUAAUCUAUCCCUGUAUACAUUUGUUUUAAGGCAUCUCGCCUCUAACUCUCUUCCAGCUCUGAUUCUGAUGAUGACUCAAGUGAAUGAAAGAUAUUGUUAAACUAAUUAAACUAAAAAAGCUUGGAAUUUAGUGCU